GAGCUCCAGAAUUUCGGCUCUUGGCUCCCGCCGGGGGCGGAACCAGAUUCGAGCGACAAGCUAGCGGGCUUGUACUGGGCGGGCCUAGCUCUAGCAGCCAAUAGAAGGCCUGGGGUGCGGAGCCGGUGGCUGGGAGGCGAGGCGCUGGAGCUUCGGGGCUCCCCCACUCCCCAUCCCCAGGCUGCUCUUCCCGGCCUCACCCCCGCCCGGCCCUCAGUCCUACCCACCUCAGUCCAGGCUGGAAGAGCUGGCGCUCGCGGCUGCGGCUGCAACUGCAGUGGCUGCACGGUAGCUGGCCCCGGCUCGCGCCUCAGACUGAGCUACCGGCCUCUGCUCGCACCUGCCGCGGUCACAGGCAGGGCCUGGGGGUUCCCUCCUCAUCCCGUCCUCCUGCCGGCUGCUGCCAUCCUUACACUCUCUGCCAGCUCGGCACCUCGCAAAGGAUUAAGGAGGCAAGGAGCUCACAUCAUCCAAGGAGGUGGCUCUGCAGAUAGCCCAGCCGACGGCUGGAGCACUCCGAUGCCCCAUGUCCAAAGCGAGUGGACCAGUUGACUGAAUGACGGGCCAUCUCUCAGUCGGGCAGGGCCCCUCCAUGCCAGCAUGAACUCCAGGAUCCUGUCGGCUAGAGGCUGGCUUGGCAGCCGCCCACCCACCUCUGAACCUGGCCUGGCACCUGCCACAGAUGGGUCAGCCUCUGAGACCACCACCCUCAGCCCAGAAGCUACCAGCUUUAAUGCCACAAGAGUCCCUGAUAUGGCCAGUGGCACAGCCGGUGUGGGCACCAUGCUGUUGUCUUUCGGGGUCAUCACGGUGAUUGGCUUGGCUGUGGCUGUGGUUCUAUACAUCAGGAAGAAGAAGAGGCUGGAGAAGCUACGCCACCAGCUCAUGCCCAUGUACAACUUCGACCCCACAGAGGAGCAAGACGAACUGGAGCAGGAGUUGCUGGAACACGGGCGGGAUGGGGCCUCCAUGCAAGCUGCCGCCUCCACGCAGGCUGCACAGGGCAAGACCACCCUCCCCUCCCAGGGCCCUCUGCAGAGGCCCAGUCGGCUGGUAUUUACCGAUGUAGCCAAUGCCAUCCAAGCAUGAGCCACCUGGGGAUGGGCCUGGAACGCUGACAGAAGCCACCAUGAUGCCCUCAGGGCCACCUGCCCACAGAUCAUCAAGACCUGCCCUGCCUCAGGGGAAUAGGGGAGGGCCAGGCCCCAGCUGCUCUGCAGACAACCCCCUGCUGUCUCUCCAGGGCUCUGGCCAGGCUGGGCAUCUGGCCACUGACCUCUCCUAACCCCAGGACCCUGGCACGGAGGGCAACCCUCAAGCCAGAGAGGUUGUGAGGCACUGCUGCUUGGCUUCCUCAGCCCGGGCCCAGGCUGUUCACAUUCUGUUCUGCUUCCCUGGUGUGGAGGAAAUGGCGGGGGAGACAUGGCUGAGAGGAGAGGGGGAGGAAAUGGGGGGCUCCCCAGUGUCAGGGAAAUCCCUGGGUGUUAGGGUCUGGAGUCUCCUCUGGGUGGGGAGAGGCAGCUGAGGAUGGAGCAGAAGGCAGCGUGUCAGGAGGGCUGCCUGCUCCAUCCGUGUGACCACGGGCCCUCCCAGCCAGCCAUCCCUGGCAGCCAAUGGCUCUCUAGACCAGGAGGGAGCUGAGGGGAGAAUAUUGGGGACUGUGCCCCCGAAUCCUGCAGGAGGCCUCAAGCAUGUGCAUGUCCCUACACAGGGCAGGAUGGAGACUGUGCUGACCGCACUCUGGAGCAUCAGGGUGGGCUCCAGUGUUCCCAGACCCGAGGGAAGAGGGAAGCUGUGUUUUUUUGCAUGUGGCUCCCUGUCCUGACUCCAUCAAGGAUUCAGGGUUGGAGAGAGGAGAGACUGGGUUUGAGGAUGGUGGCUGCAGAUUGAUGGGGACGGUUCUGACUGACUGAAGGCUAGACGGGGUGCUCCCUGGAAACAGACCUAAGCAACACAGUCUGUUUUUAAAUUCUCCACCUCUACUCCAUCUUUGGAAAGGGCCUUUCUGUGUUGAUGGAGUGAGCAAGGGAGUUCUGUGCACUUGGCUUCCCUCUAAGCCUGGAGGGGCAGGGCCAAUGCCAAUGCAAAGGGCAGGGUACUGGGCAGAGCCAGACUCCAAGGGCUACACUGGCCAUGCAUGCGCAUGUGAGCAUGUGCAGUGGCCCCACCACCAUCGCCAGCCUCGGCUGGCUGGAGGGGCCCCAGGGAGGGCAUGUGCGGCUCUUGCGUUGGGCACAUACCUCAUGUUGGGUAGUAAGGACCUAGGAGGCCCAAUGAGGAAGAUUCUGGAUUGAUUCCGUCUUCUAGAUGCUAUAAAUAUGUUAGCACUUGCACUAACUGGAGGGCUAUGGGUAAUUUAGGAUGCACAAAGCUGUAAUUUAACUCACAGCAUCUCUAUGUGAGAACAUUAAAGAUGUAAUUAAGAUGUUUACACGGAGAGAGUGGAGCUGGUGACACUCAAUGUGCGAAACCCCAGGUGGGGGGCGGGAGGGCUCCCAAGGGGUCCCAGCUAGGAGGUGGCAGCCCGUAGCUUUCCCUGAUGGAUUUGGAGAAGUACCUCCAGCCCUGAAGGCAAACUAGCCCAUGGGCCUCAGGCCUCCACUGUGGAAUGGGUCAACAAGCCUGCCACUCCCAACCAGUCAAGUGGACUGGGCCCCGUGGGA